GCUGGGUAUAAACAGAGCUACAAGUCAUUCACUAUGGACAUUAUAUGACUUGUUAUACGACUUGUUUUUCUUUUCAUCUGUUUAUCCGAAAGUAAAUAACAAGAAAUUUCACUACCUGUAAGCCAAAGGGUCAACUACAUCUCCCAAGAUGGAUAAGUUUCGUAUGAUGUUCCAGUUCCUCCAGUCCAACCAGGAGUCUUUUAUGAAUGGGAUUUGUGGCAUCAUGGCACUAGCAAGUGCCCAGAUGUACUCUACCUUUGAGUUCAGCUGCCCCUGCAUGCCAGAGUACAACUACACCUACGGCAUCGGGCUGCUUCUCAUCCCUCCCAUAUGGUUCUUCAUGUUGGGUUUUGUCUUGAACAAUAAUGUGUCUGUGCUCGCCGAAGAGUGGAAAAGACCAAUUGGGGAACGGUUGAAGGAUCCAACGAUUCUGCGAUACAUGUUUUGUUCAAUCACACAGAGAUCUUUAAUCGCCCCUGCGCUGUGGGUGUCAGUUACCCUCAUGGACGGGAAGAGCUUCCUCUGUGCUUUCAGCACCAACUUAGAUAUUGAAAAGUUUGGGAAUUCAAGCUUUAUUAAAGAGAUGUCAGAGACAGAGAGGAUUCGACUGCUGGCCAGAAUUCCCUGCGAAGACCUGUUUGAGCAUAAGGAAUUAAGGGUGGCAGCAACACGAUACAUCAAGUGUAUAUCACAGGCAUGUGGGUGGAUUUUUCUACUCAUGAUAACCUUCACUGCCUUCCUCAUCCGGGCAAUCAGACCGUGCUUCACCCAAGCCGCUUUCCUCAAAACCAAAUACUGGUCCCAUUACAUCGACAUCGAACGCAAGAUGUUCGAUGAGACCUGCAAGGAGCAUGCAAAGAGCUUUGCCAAAGUAUGCAUCCACCAGUACUUUGAGAACAUCAGUGGAGAGAUGCAGAGCCUCCACCACCAUCCCUCCGGCAAGGAUGGCGGUGGAGAAGAAGAAGAGGACAAGAGAAGCGAUGAAGAAAGGCUGAUGGGCAUCAGGGCUCAGGAUGACAUGAACAAGGUUUUGUGGAACUGGCACACAUGUAAGCCAGCUCUGGCUCUGAGAAAGGACCAGAUGGAUGAUAAAAACAAUAGCAAGCUGACUGGAAAAAUAAACGAGGCAUUUAAUGGGUUUGCAAACGGUCACACCCAUGGGACAGAAAAGAAGGAAUGGGCAGUGUAUUACAGUAAGGUUUGAAGCUCACUAAGAUAAAACACUUGCAAAUAAGCUGUCAGUUACUACAUUCCCGAGGUGUGCCAUUUAUUUUGUUCCUUUUUCAUAGAAAUUAAAAUAAAAA